AUGGAGUCGCUGACGAUACGUAGGCAGGAAGAGCGCAAACCACUCGCGAAAAUCGACGGUGCUACGAUCGAUGUCGAUGCAAUAUGGGCUCAGAUGAAUGCGCCAGAUUCAAAAUUAGGUCUGGCGCCGAUCCCAGACGCUCAAAAACAAGACGAAACCCCGGCCUCUGACACCGAAGUGCGCGACCAGGAGAAUGCGAAUCCAACGGAGCCCAAUGGACCGGCAGAAAAGGGAUUUCAGCAAACAUCUGAAAUGGUCAAAAUCAAGCGCACCUACAAGUUCGCGGGCGAGAUGAUAACAGAGGAAAAAAUUGUCCCUCGCGAUUCCGCCGAAGCGAAACUCUUCUUAUCGGGUAAUGGCGAUGGCGAAGUCAUACCAGUUACUGAAGAUGAAGUCGCAAAUAUGACUGGCAAAGGCAAUGAAAACACAAGCACAAACAACACCCUCCGUAUCCGCCGCCCACUUCGUAAAAUUUCCCGAUUCGAUCCGAACCCAUCCGGCAUGAUCAAGAAGAGCUGGGGGAAGCAGUCGCUUACAGAAACUGGAGCUCGAACUGGAGCCGGCCAGGAGAACAUCCGCGGGCCGAAAAUCAACACCGUCGAAAAAUCACGCUUGGACUGGGUUGCUUAUGUUGACCAGGAGGGGAUUAGUGAUGAACUCCGGAUGCAUAGUAAAGCUAAAGAGGGGUUCCUGGGUCGUAUGGAUUUCUUGAAUCGCGUCGACGCGAAGAAGGAAGAAGAGAGGAGGAAUGCGAGGUUGCGGGGGGUAUAG